UACUACGUGUGCUAGGUGCUGUGCCAGGCGCUGGCGUUACAGCAGUGAACAGGCAAAAACCCCCGCCCUCGUGGGACUUCGAUUCCAUUGGACACGGGCUGGGGGAUGGGGUAAUCUCGCAGGGGACACGUGGAUGGCCGACACCCAGGUGUCCUCCCAGGCCCACAAAGCUGCACGCGGACCCACGAGUGAGCAAGCACGCGGCGCUGAGCAGAUUUGCCGCGCGGAGGUGCGCGCUUCGCUCUCCUCCCCUCGGCUCUCCUCCCCUCCCCCUUGCCCUCCCCUCCUCCACCUCCCCUCCUCCACCUCCCCAGCCCCCAGGCCCAGGGCAGCCGCGCGCCGGGCGGGGCGGGGCGGGGGCGGGGCGGGGUGUCGGGCGGCGCCGGCCCAAAAGGCGGAGUCGCGAGGCGGAGGGGCCAGAGCUGCGAGCGCGGUGCUGACUGCGCCGCCGAGAAAGCCUGCGGGAACCCAGAGCCCGAGGAGUCCCUCGCCCCGGCCCGGCCUGGCCAGGCCCCGCGCUAUGGAGUUCCUCUGGGCCCCUCUCUUGGGUCUGUGCUGCAGUCUGGCCGCUGCUGACCGCCACACCGUCUUCUGGAACAGUUCAAACCCCAAGUUUCGGAAUGAGGACUACACAGUGCAUGUGCGGCUAAAUGACUACCUGGACAUCAUCUGUCCUCAUUACGAGGAUGAGUCUGUGGCAGAUGCUGCCAUGGAGCGGUACACACUGUACCUGGUGGAGCAUGAGCAGUACCAGCUGUGCCAACCCCAGUCCAAGGACCAGGUCCGCUGGCAGUGCAACCAGCCCAGUGCCAGGCACGGCCCGGAGAAGCUGUCUGAGAAGUUCCAGCGCUUCACACCCUUUACCCUGGGCAAGGAGUUCAAAGAGGGACACAGCUACUACUACAUCUCCAAACCCAUCCACCACCAGGAAGACCAGUGCUUGAGGCUGAAGGUGACCGUCAAUGGCAAAACCACUCACAGUCCUCAGGCCCAUGCCAAUGCACAGGAGAAGAGACUUCCAGCAGAUGACCCAGAGGUGCAGGUUCUACACAGCAUUGGUCACAGUGCCGCCCCCCGCCUCUUCCCACUCGCCUGGGCUGUGCUGCUCCUGCCAUUCCUGCUGCUACAAACCCCGUGAAGGUGUAUGCCACAUCUAUUACAAGGAUUGGAACUGGCCUGAGGAGGCAGGGCGGGCCUCCCUCACCUGCCUGGGGCCCCUCCCAAAGCCCCAGUCCUGGGAACCACUCCUACCACAUACACACGUUGCCACCCAGCAGCCUCAAAACGGGUCAGUAUGAAGGGUUUCAACCCAAAGGAGGUCGGCAAGCCUGUCAGUGCCAUCCCCACCUCCACCUCAGAGGGAUGCACAGAGACGUGGAGACAGUCGUGUCCCCUCCAUUCCUGCCCUUAAGCCAAAGAAACAAGCCGUGUGGACAUGGCCUCUUAAGGGCACUGUGGGAACCGAGCUGGAAGCGGUUUGGGGUCAUGGCGGAUGGACACUGAGCUUGGCAAAGAUGCCCCUCCCAGAGAGAGCCAGGAUGGUUCUGAAGGAAAAGCAAGGGACAGUUUCUUGCUGGGGAGCCAGUCACAGGAGAGGCAGCAUGCUUGGGCUGACCCAGCAUCUCCCUCAAGAAUUUCCUCUGUGGAGCUGCCAUGGAGAGGUUUGUGGCCAGGCUCUGCAUCCUCUCCCAUCCUGGGGCAUCAUCCGCAGAGCUGCGCCAGCAGGGGGGCUGUGCCAACCUGUUCCGAGAGUGUGGCUGGAAGGGCGGUGCCCAUGUGCACAGAGUCUGUGUUUAGACUGUAGCCUGAAGGGCAGGGCCCAGGAGUACAGAAUCUGUACAUGAACUUGAUAUGUGUCCAUGCUGAUUUCUACAACUGGAGUUUUUUUAUACAAUGAUGUUUGUCUCAAAAUAAAGCAAUGUAUUUGUGGUUUUUUUUGGACAUG